UCAUUUUCUUAAUCAUCACUCAUCAAAAGUGUUAACAAUUUGACCAACAAAAACACACCAAUCAAAACGGAGUAAAUUGUUAUUACAUAAUUAACUAGUGUCCAAAUUAAUUGUGAUAAUAUUUUCACCCAUUCAAUCAGUUAUCAGUUCGUAACAAUUGGAAUCAUCAACAUCACUAUUCAAUCAUCGUGAAAACAUCAUCAUCAUUAUGAAGAUCAAUUUAUAAACUUGAUUAUUAGAAACAUCAAAUUAAUUUGUUGUUCUUUUUGUUCCUCAAUCAUCCCCAAGAAGAAAUGAGAUGAGAGAUGAGACGAGAUGAGAUGUAUACUACUCAUGCAAUUGUCCAAAGCUCCGAUCAUCAUCCUCAUCACUUCAAUUACCUUGUUACAUUAUUUAGAGCGUGUUCUCGUCGCAUCACAACCAAAUUAUCAAUCGUCUCAUCCAACGGUUUAUCCUCCCGUCGUUCGUCAUCCGGGAACAUGUACCUUCCAAAGGUCACAACCCGCUUGUACCUUCAGUCUCCUCUGCUAUUUAGCCGGCGGCGUUCCGAUCGAGGGCUGUGGGGGUGACAUCUCUGUAACGUGCUGUAUGCUUUACAAUCCAAGUUCAAGUCAAUCAAAUUUUGCGAGCGAUUAUUCAACAAGCAAUUUACCAAUUAAUUCACUUCCACCGGGCAUUGAAUUGCCUAAUAAUCAUUUGACAUCACCUCGUCUUCCAUCAUCUUCAUCUUCACCUUCUUCAUCCUCUUCCUCGUCAUCUCUUUCAUCACCAUCUUCAUCUCCAUCAAAUUCACUGAUACCUUCAUCUCCAUCAUCAUCUUUAUCUUCUCGUGAUCAUUCAUCUUCAUCUUUUCUUCCCCCUCAUCCUCCUCCAUCAUCAUUCGAUGAUAACAAAUCUUUAGAUAAUAUUUAUCGAAAUACAGUUCGUAGGUCAAGACCUUUACCUUCAUUUUUAAACAAAGAAAGACAUUCACGUAAUUACAUCGGCGAUGAUGUUUGUGGUAAACCGAUUGCUAAACCAACAAGUCGAAUCAUCGGAGGCCAAGAUGCAUAUUUCGGUGAAUUUCCUUGGCAGGUUCAUAUUAAAAUUUCAAAGCACCAAUGUGGUGGAGCUCUGGUCAAUCGUUACUACGUUGUAACUGCAGCUCAUUGUAUUUAUCAAGCACCUUUAGAUCAAUUAUCAAUCAUAAUCGGAGCCCAUGAUAUCGAAGACCCUCGAUACCAGGAAGAACCACCUCAAUACUACAGUGUAACCGAAGUGAAAAUGCAUCCAAAUUUCCGCUUCUCCGCAUCUCAUCCAGAUCGAUAUGAUAUCGCAGUCCUUAGAUUGGACAGAGCAGUUCGAUAUUCGUCCAAUAUCUUACCCGUUUGUUUACCACCCAAUGGAUUUAAAUUUGAAUCUUGGUACGGGGUCGUUACUGGUUGGGGUAAAACCGAUCCCGCUUUAAGUAAUCGUUAUGGAACAAGAUUACUACAAAAAGUCGAUGUCCCUGUAAUUAACAAUGAAGAAUGUGAAAAGUGGCAUCGAACUCGUGGAAUUAACCUGAAAAUAUUUCCCGAAAUGAUGUGCGCUGGUUACGAGGAUGGACAAAAAGACGCUUGUGUGGGUGAUUCGGGUGGACCAAUGGUCAUUUUCAUAAAUGGCCGAUGGGCUCUGGCUGGUAUAACAUCGGCUGGGUUUGGAUGUGCACAAUCAAGACAACCAGGAAUCUAUCACCGAGUCUCACACACUGUUAAUUGGCUUCUAUCAAAUAUAAAUGAUUAGCAGACUGAUCAAUUAAUACGAACACUGGUCAUGGAUAUCGUGCCAUCGUAUUCAGAUCGUUCAAAGGAAAGAUCCUAAAUCCUAAUUGUAAAUCAACUAUUCAAUUCCAAGCUGAAUAUGUGCAGUUCCAUGCGAAUCAAUCCCCACCAUGUUAAAAGACUGUGGCUGAAGAUAAUGUCAUCCAAAAAGACGAUCAAAUGACCUCAAUUGUCCAAUCGUUGACCUUUUUUUUCAGCGCAAAUCGAUUCAAUGUCAACCAAUUUCAAUCAUUUCGACAUUUUAACUCUUUUUUUACGUAGAUUAUUUUUUCAAGAUGAAUAAUUGAAUAAAUUAAUGUUCUAAAAGUCAA